AGCAGCUAUCGACCGCUUGGAAGAGUCAUACUUGGAAGAAAGAAAGCCGUGCACAGCCACUGUCCCUGACACUUGUGCAUUCAUCAUCAGCAACGACUCCGCUCCAUCUUGUUCCUACACGAACUCCGGAACUGAGGUUUCAACCCAGCGUUGACUGUUCCGCCCAUUGCCAAGCCACCACCCAUCCAGGCAAGUCUAACCGAGGCGUCUCGGAGCUCGAGAAAAAUGUCUCCAACCACCGACGUUCCCGGCGUCCAAUCCGCCCACGAUGCUACUAUGGUAGCCCCGACGCGACUCCUACGCGCAUCAUGGUCAUCCACGCUCCGACUACCCAAAUCCAGCUUCCCACCGCGCCCGUCGCCGGCGUCGACCGCCGAAUACCUCCGCCGAUGCACCGAUGAGCUCUACGCAUGGCAGCAGAACUCGCGCUCCAAGGCCGACGCCGACGGGAAGCCGCCCGAGACUUUUACCCUGCAUGACGGACCGCCGUACGCGAACGGACCGCUGCACAUUGGCCAUGCACUGAACAAGAUCACCAAGGACAUCAUCUGUCGGUUCCAAGUCGGGCAGGGCAGGAAAGUGAGCUACAUCCCGGGGUGGGACUGCCAUGGCCUGCCCAUUGAGAUCAAGGCCCUGCAGGCGCAGAAAAAGGACCAUGCGGAUACGGAUCCUGUGAGCGUGCGGGAGGCUGCGCGGGAAUUGGCGGCGCGAACGGUUGAGGAGCAGAAGAGGGGGUUCAAAGAGUGGGCGGUUAUGGGAGACUGGAAUAGUGCGUAUAAGACUAUGGAGAAGGAGUUUGAGAUUCGGCAGUUGGAGGUGUUCAAGAAGAUGUUUGAGAAGGGCUUGAUUUAUCGCCAGAACAAGCCGGUGUAUUGGUCGCCUUCUUCUCGGACUGCGCUUGCGGAAGCCGAGCUCGAGUACGAUGAGAAUCAUAGGUCGUUGGCGGCUUUCGUGAGAUUUCCGGUCGAGGUCUCGGAGGAGCUGCGGAACGGUGCUCUGUCGAAGGUUUCGGGACCGCUGAACAUUGUCAUCUGGACUACCACGCCGUGGACAUUGCCCGCCAACAAGGCCGUCGCCGUACAUAAGGAUAUGGAAUACUGUGUGGUGCGAGAUUCGGAGAAGGGUGGUGAGAUGACUCUUGUGGCUGCCUCCCGGCUCGCGGAAUACCAGAAGGUGCUCGAGCGCGAGCUCACUAUUGUCCUGUCGGGACUGCGCGGAGCAGAUCUGGCUGGUAAUCUGCAAUAUGAGAAUCCUUUUCAGAAAGCAAAUGGCUUGCAGUCUGUCAUCCACGCAGACUUUGUCACGGACUCUUCUGGAACCGGCCUUGUUCAUCUUGCGCCGGGACACGGAAUGGACGACUACCACGUAUGUUGCGCUCUGGGCUUUCAAGCAUUUGCGCCUAUCGACGACGCGGGCGCGUUUACGAAGGAUGCCUUCCCUGAGCGAUCCGAACUUCUGGAAGGCCUCCCGGUAUCAGAUGUGAAGAAGACCGGCAGUAUCGCCAUCCUAAAUUAUCUCGAGAAGCAAGAUAUGCUUCGAGGAAAACAGCACUACCGCCACAAGUACCCUAUUGACUGGAGAACGAAGCAGCCUGUCAUCGUGAGGGCGACAGAACAAUGGUUCGCCAAUGUGGAUGGCAUCAAAGAGGGCGCGAUGAAGGCAAUCGCACCUGUCAACUUCAUGCCGGAGUCCGGUCGGCAUCGUCUAGAGAGCUUCAUCCAAGGCCGUAGCCAAUGGUGCAUCUCUCGUCAACGCGCUUGGGGUGUGCCCAUCCCUGCUUUGUAUAGGGUUACCGACGAAGGCAACCACGAGGCUAUUAUGGAUUCUGAAACUAUCCAGCACAUCAUCGAAGUGAUCAAGGAGCGGGGAAGUAAUGCCUGGUGGACAGAUGCCCAAGAUGAUCCCGCUUGGGUACCAAAGCGUCUCUCCGGCUCCUACAUCCGCGGCAAGGACACAAUGGAUGUGUGGUUUGACAGCGGGACAAGCUGGACUUUGCUUCCUGGAAAGGAAGAUCAGCCCGUCGCUGACGUCUACCUAGAAGGGACAGACCAACACCGCGGAUGGUUCCAGUCAUCCCUCCUUACUCACGUCGCUACUCAGUCCUUCGAGACUGACGAGGUCAAAGCGCCCUACAAGACCCUCAUCACCCACGGCUUCACACUCGAUGCGGAGGGUCGAAAGAUGAGCAAGAGUCUUGGGAAUGUUAUCUCACCCUCCCAGAUCACGUCUGGCGAGCUGCUUCCCCCCAUCAAGCGGAAGAAGCAGAAAGGUGCUAAACAGGAGCAGCCGAAAGACACAGCUCCCACCUACGAUGCUAUGGGAUCCGAUGCCCUGCGCCUCUGGGUCGCUAGCAGUGACUACCUUCGCGAUGUUACUAUUGGUCAGCCGGUCCUGAUGUCGGUUAACCAAGCGCUGCAUAAAUAUCGGGUUACCUUCAAAUGGCUCCUGGGCGUCUUAUCCCUCCCUUCGUGCCCCCCAGUCUUCGAUUCGUUCAACAAUGUACGCGCCGAGCUCUCUGCCGAUCGCUCCUCCCUAAAACUCCUCGCCGACAAACUCGCCCUACACCGUCUCACGCAAAUGAGCCAAGAAGUACACGGUUACUACACCAAGUAUGAGUUCUUCAAGGGCGUGAACAUGAUCAACAAAUACAUCUCCAUCGACCUGUCAGCCUUCUACUUCGAGACGCUCAAAGACCGCAUCUACACGGGACACAAGGCAGAGUGCCAGCAUCUGCAGAACAUGCUGGGUCUCAUCUUCUAUGAACUGCUGCAGAUGCUGGCGCCCAUAUGCCCACUCCUGGUGGAAGAAGUCUGGGACCAUGUCCCAGAAGCGUUGAAGGAAGGCAGUGUGCACCCAGCCCGAGCCGCUUGGUCUCCACUCCCGCUCGCAGAUAAGAAGACGGCCGGCCAGCUAGACAUGGCCCAAUACAACGUCGACACCAUCGGCACCGCCAUCAAAGCCGCGCAAGAGCGCCUGCGCGCCGCCAAGAAAAUGGGCUCUUCACUCGAAUGCGCCGUCACCGUCUUCCGCCACGAAACCAACUACUUCGGAUCCCUGGAUAUGGUCCAGCCCGAAGAUCGCGAGAACGAAUUCGCCAGCUUGUUCGUCGUGAGCGGGUUCAAGGAAGUAUACUACGGUCCUCAUCCAGAUAUGGAGGCGGCAGAGAUGGAGGAUACAACGCAGUAUAAAGAGGUGACGAAGGACUGGUGGGAGCGGGAGGAGUUCGAGAUCGAUGAAGACUUCGCGUUUGGCGGGACUGUGGUGGUGCAUAGACCGCAUUUGGAAAAGUGUCCGAGGUGUUGGAGGUUUCAGAGAGAGAAGGAGAGGGAGCUUUGUGGGAGGUGCGAGGAUGUGGUUAAAGAGGAGGAAUUGUAAGAUAUGGGGAUUGGAGCGUGCACUUAGACUGUACAUAUACCUGUAUUCUGUGUAGGAAUAGUAGAUCCCAGGCUGGGACCCUUUAAGGGGGUUUUUACGGGGCGUAAAUGGUUGGCGGAUAGAGCUCUAGAUGCCGUCAGCAUGUCUUUUCCACAUUCCGAGCGACACACCGUGCAGCUGGACCGCAAAUAGAGCGGUAGAGUUUGACGUCGCGUCAUGGACUGAGCAUCUUCGGUUGUGUUCUGCGAAGCGAUAUAGAGUGAGGGUGUCCUCAGGGUGUCGACAUCUGUGUUGCUGGUCAACAGGAUCGCUGCAUUCAAGCCACCAGUUUAUGUACGGCGACUAAACCAUCCCUUC